AUGUAAUUAAUAUAAAGAAAGAAAAUUGAUAUCUCAAAUGAUCGUAUAAAUUUCUAUUGAUUUCUUAGCUCUCUUUUUCAAUGAUGAACCAGUACUCAAAUUGAGAAAACUAAAGCAAAAAAAAUUAACAGAUUUAGAAGCUUUAAUUCAUCAAUAAGGUUAACGAAGAGAAUCACAUGACUUAAAUCUCUAAUAAAAUAAGUUAUUAUAACAACAUAAAAACUAAUCUUUGGAUGGAGGCAAGAUAAUUGAUUAUGUAAAAGUUUAGAGCAAGGAGUAAUGAUCAAUAAUCAUUCGCUAGGUUAAACUAAGUAAAAUUGUAAUAAAAAUUUUUGAACCGUUCACGCAUUCUACAAGAUGAACCUCAAAAAAAGAAGGAUAACGAACUACCUUAAGUAGAAGUAUUAUUAAAUAAUACCUAUGAUAGUAAUAUCUCUUUAGAAAAACCUUUAAUAACAUCAUAAAGAGAUCUCAUCUCAAACAUGAAAGCAUCAAAGCAUCAUUGAAUAAAGUUGAGACUUUUUUGAGUGCCAUUGAUACAACAAGAGAUUAAUAUGCUCAAAAUUCUACUCUUGUUUAAAUCAAAUAAAAUACUUAAAUCAAAACUUGUAGGAACGAGAACAAUUCAAGUCAUUCCAUAAAAUCUCAAUUAUUUAAUAUAACAGAUAGUGCAACUGUUAGAGAUAGGUCAUCCUCACUCAAGUAAACUAUUGAAUAGAACAAUGAAAUAAGAAGUAAGUUUAUUUUUAAUCAUUUAGAUAUAAAGAGAGCCAAAGUUAACGAAAUUAUAUACAAAACAGAAGAAACUAGAGAAAGAAGUAUGGCAGCUGUAAAAUAAUCGCUUAUUUUAUUAGAAACUUUCGGUUUAUAGUGAAAAACCAGAUAGUAUCUAACCAACAAAAAAAUAAUUACAAUAACUUCGAUUUAAAUGGGUUAGAAAACUUAAGUACAAAAUUGAGUUACACAACAAUUAAUUAAAAUCAUUUAUGGAUUUCUUAAAUUAUCUCAGGUCAUCAGAUAUUAAAGUAACAAAUGAAGAUCAUCAAUAUCUCAAAUACUAUAGAGAUAAAUUGUUAAAUGGUGAUCAUCUUGUUGACAAUGACUUUUAGAUGAUGAUCAAUGAUCAAAACACUAGACUUAUAGGAUUAUUAAUACGCAGCUCUAUUGCAAUUGAAAAUUGA